GAUGUCACCCUACGCCGCGGUUAAGUUUCCAGACACGCACAUGUAGUAGUAAAUACAAGAACAUAAACAUAAAGACAUAUACACCCGCGGUCGUUUGUAUUUGUGAUUUCGCAUGAAGUGUAAAGACCGCUUCGAUAAAUGAUUUCAUCAUUUAAUGCCAGUGUGUGCUGUAUGAUUUUACGUUCAGCAUCACGGAGAUUAAAUCUGUCUUCUUGCACGAGACGAUGCAUCCGAAUGACAACACGCCUGUACUCCGCGGUGCAGUGAUCAUUUCCUGUCUAGGAAUCUGUAAAGGCUGAUCUGAGGAAGCUGAAAGGGCUAGAGAAGCGCUUUGAGAGAAAGCUGCGUUCAGUUUACGAGCAGUUUGCUGAUGUGCCGGACACCAGUGUGUUUCAGGGACUCCAUCAUGUGUAUACAGUGCAAGAGGAUGGAGUAUACAGAGCAACACGUGGAGAAGAUGAGCAGGACGUUGUGCCAGUGCUCAGUGCUGACUGGGCAGGUGAUGUGGACAGGACUGUUCAGAGGGUCAGACUCUCUCCUUCUGAGUCCAUGCUGGCAGCUACACUGAAGAGUAACCACAGUGAAGCAGCUAGAUGCCUGAUAGUUCAAUUAGAACCCUAUGCUGUUCCCCAGGAGCCCAUGCUCAUGCUUGACAACGUGUUCAGCUUUGAGUGGGCCGCUGAUGACGUAUUGUACUACACUACUCAAGAAGGGCUCCGGUGCAGACAUGUUUGUCGACUUCACUUUACAAACACUGGAGCUUACAGCAUGCUGGUUUAUGAAGAAAAAGAUCCUGAGUUCUUCGUGGAGGUCAUUCGUUCAAGAGACCAGAGACUUCUGACUAUAAACUGCAGCAGUAAGAGCAGCUCUGAGGUCUGGAUGAUUGACAGCAGGUCUCCUCUCUCACCUCCUAAACUAGUACAGUCUCGGCAGCCUGGUCUGCUGUAUCAUGUAGAGCGCUCGGACAAUCAGCUGUACAUCCUCGCCAACACUGGCCCAGGUCAAGAGUACGAGCUGCUGAGGACCCCUCUCUCCUCUCCAGCCAUGUGCUAUUGGAAGCCUGUGUUCAGUCCCGGACCCAGAGCAGUUGUUAAAGACAUGGAGAUGCUACCAGAUCACGGUGUGUUCAUAGUGAGGGGUCCUGAGGGUCGACUCCAACUGCAGUGCUUGCCAUUUAAAACUCCGAAUGAUGUGGCCGUUCACCAUCUCCCAUCCUGGGCCUGUGCUGUGGAGACAGAACGCUCUGACACACUGAAGACAAAUGUAUUCCGCUUCCUCCUGUCCUCCCCGGUUCAUCCCCCUCGCCGCUUCCUCUUAUCUCCUACAGAUGAGCGACCCCUCUCCUGUGAGAGAGUGCUUCAACACACCGCUCUCUCUGACUGUCACACCACCCGCCUGCAGGCCAUCAGCCAGGAUGGGACUGCAGUACCUGUGACAAUUUUUCACACAAAAUCAUUGGCUGAUCUGAGUGAUGUUCCACUUUUGCUCCAUGUAUAUGGUGCUUAUGGCUUGGACCUCAACAUGGCCUUCAGUCCUGAGAAGAGACUGCUGCUGGAGGAUAACUGGGCUCUGGCAUACUGCCAUGUCAGGGGUGGUGGUGAGUGUGGUCUGGCCUGGCACAAAGCAGGGUGUUUGCAGCGCAAGCAGAAUGGAGUGGAGGAUCUUGCUGCCUGUAUUCAGACACUUUUUAAGUCAGGAGUGUCUCAGCCUGCACUUACUGCCCUCACUGCACACAGUGCCGGAGCUGUCCUAGCGGGUGCACUCUGCAACCAACAUCCUCAUCUCCUCAGAGCCGUCCUCCUGCAGGCACCUUUUUUGGAUGUUCUUAGCACCAUGCAGGACGCAUCCCUUCCGUUAACAGUAGAGGAGAGAGGGGAGUGGGGUGACCCGCUUGCCUAUACACAAGACAGGAACAACAUUGCCUCUUACUGUCCCUGUUAUAAUAUCACUCCUCAGCUCUAUCCAUCCAUGCUAAUCACUGCGUACUCUGAGGACAGCAGAGUGCCUUUGGCAGGUGUCCUAAAGUACGUGGAAAAACUCAAGAAGGCCAUCCAGAUACAUACCAGCAACCUCAGGAUUAAGGGACAUGUCCCAGCUGUCAUUCUGAAUCUUCAGCCAGGUGGAGGUCACUUUGGUCCGGAGGAUUAUGACCAGUCCAUCUGUGAGAUUGCUCACCAGUUAGCUUUCCUCUACACAACGCUGGGCCUCAGCUUCCAUCGAUCCAGAGAGAACAAAAGAGGAAGUUAUCCAUGAGGAAGACUUGGUGAAAUCUAAUAUCAUUCUGUAUACAAAUGUAAUUGUGAAUAAAGCAUGUGAAUUAUUUUAACAAA